AUGGACUUGACGGUGGAAUACACGCCGAAUUUACAGUGGUCGUGUAAAGAAACCUGGUUCGAUGGGGAGAUUCAAUUCGACACGAAGAAUAAGCACGUGAAGUAUGCGAAAGAUUUCGAUUUGGGCGGCGCUAUCGUCAAAGUUUCCGGUAACUACGACUACGUGAACAACGCGCCGUUCGUCGGGUUUCAAGUCGUCACGCAACAAGGCAUCUCUACGCCGGCCAAUUGCAACGGGUUCUCGUUGGCCAAGAGAGUUAAGAAGGAAAUGGGGCCGUUUCAAGCCGAAUGCGAUGUUCAAGGGACGUUGACGUUAGGAGAAACAAAGUUGAAAAAGUCUGGAGGGAUGGAAAUGGGACCGACGAAGAUUGAGAUUAAUCGCGUGGAGAUGGUUGUUUCAUGUUAA